AAAAGACAAUGACUUAAAAUUUCAUCAAAAAAUUUCCCUCGUAGCAGUGACCAGAUAUCUAUGAUAAAGCCAAAGGCACCAUCCACCGAAUCUUCUCCUUUCAAUUUUUCCAUUAACAAAACAAAAUCAUACAUCUUUCAACCAUUCAUUUCAAAUUCUAACAACCAAGUUAGUUUCAGGUUCAGAAUGUCGCACGAUUCUCUUCCCCCUCUCCCCGAAAACCGAAUCGUCCUCGCCGUCGGCACGGUGGGCGUCGAUUUCUUGGCCACCGUGGCCUCUUACCCUGAUCCGGACGACAAAAUUAGAACCACCAGCUUAAAGGUUCAAGGAGGUGGAAACGCGGGUAAUGCUUUAACUUGUGCAGCUCGUUUGGGCUUAAGUCCGAGACUGAUUUCCAAGGUUGCAAAUGAUACACAAGGCAGGGGCAUACUGGAGGAGCUACAAGCCGACGGCGUAGAUACUUCUUCUGUUGUGGUUUCCGAGGAGGGUAAUUCACCAUUUACCUACAUUAUUGUUGACAAUGAAACGAAAACUCGCACUUGUAUUCAUACUCCAGGAUAUCCUCCCAUGAUACCAAGCAAUCUUUCCCAAACAAGUUUAUCAUCUGCAUUGGAUGGAGCAAGAAUGCUUUAUUUAGAUGGACGAAUACAUGAAACUGCUUUACUUGUUGCACAGGAGGCUGCUCGCAAGAAUGUACCUAUAUUAGUUGAAGGUGAACGGAUAAGAGAAGGGCUGGAUGAUCUUCUAAAACUAGCUGAUUAUGCUAUAUGCUCUGCAAAAUUUCCACAGGCAAGUCAUUUGUUCUUCUAUGAACCACUACCCGUGACAAAAUUGAGGGCCAAUGGAGUAGGGACGGUUUGUGGGAGGCUGUUUGUGGGAACAGCUGAGAAAGUACCACCCUCAGAACUUCAAGAUACUACAGGUGCUGGAGAUAGUUUUAUUGGAGCAGUUCUCUAUGCUAUUUGCUCCAACAUGCCUCCAGAGAAAAUGCUGCCAUUUGCUGCUCAAGUGGCAGCUACCUGCUGUAGGGCUGUGGGAGCUCGAACUGGGCUUCCACACUGCACAGAUGCACGCCUGGCAUCAUUUUUAUCUUAAAAAUUCCCAGGAGGUCCUACAUGAUUGGCAUAGUUAACUGGAAAGGUGAAAUUUAGCCUAGAAAUUAAGCUAUUUCCUCUCAUGAGUUAUUAAUUUUGUAAACUACUGUCUCUUGGCUUAGAAGAUUUCCUUGUAACGGACAGACAAUUUGAUAAGUAUAAGUGUCUCCUCAUUUGAGUGA